UUUAUCGUGAUUGCGAAGUUGGACACAUCGAUUAUGAUGCAAGUUCAGGUGGAAUGCGGAGGUUUCACGGAUUUGGAUCAUACAUCGAGUAUGAGCGGUAAGCUCGAAUACCUGGAAAAGUAUUCGGUAGCACCUUCUCCCAGCAGAGAUUAUUACGGUUUGAAAGUGUUCGACAAUCAGGUGGUACUCUAUCUCUGGCGAAUCUCGCACGGUCCCCAUAAAACACCGAUUGUACAAACCUCCUGUUUCGCAGAUUUCAAGCAAGAUCAUCAGCUGCAGGACGAGAUACAACGUAUCUUCGGUGAAUAUUUUUUAAAACACGUGACAAAUAUCGCUUCUGGAAGGAAUACGUUACUCACCUUGCCAAAGUGUUUGAUCAAUAAAUUAAUCAAAUAUCUCACCGUAAAAGAUAUUAUCAAAUUAACAUCUCUCUCGCACAUCUCUAAAGAGAUCUUUGAUGAUAAUUUCGUGUGGGAAACGUUGUAUAAAAAGUACAAUCCAUUAAAAAAAUACAAGUACGAAAAAUUAUAUAUUCCGUGCAAUUGGAAACAACUAUUUCAGUUAGAGCAAGUAGAAAUUUUCGAACAAAAAAUGAAUCGACCUCGUACAACAGCGAGACAGAAGUCGGUUAAUUCAAAAAUCGAAACUACCAUGAAAGGAAAUCCAAAAAUAGAGAACUUGGCGAAAGCAAGCACAAAAAUAGAAAACUCCAUAAAAGUUUCCACUUCGAAUACGAAAAUAAAUAUGUCAAAGUUUGCACCACUGGAAAAUCAGAUUACGAAGAAGGACACUAAUCGUAAAAAAAAUAUCAAUACUCUUUCGAGAAAAUUGUCCGAUAAUUAUCUCAACGAAUCUAUGAUCGAAAAAGAAAAAGUGACUUCGGAAAAGAAAACGCCCAUGCUUAAAACUUUACAGACUAUCGGCCAGAAGAACAUAAAAAUUCUAAGAGAUCAGUCGAUAAUUAAUAAACUCGAGUCUAAUAAACGCGAAACAGACAACAAAGAUUUGAUUAGUAAUAAAGCUAGCGAGAUAAAAAUGAAUAAAUUUCAGAAUAAAGUAAAGAAAAUCGACACGAAGACUAGCAACGUGAGUAUCAAAAUGAUGGAUGAUAAGGUUAAUAAUACAAAGCCAAAAAGUACACCUACACCGAAGAUUAACAAAACUACUGAGAAAUCAAUGACACCGAAACUUAAAUCGAAAGGCAAAACGAAAAAAAUCGGACAAAGCAAGUCCACGAUUUUGAGCACAACCUCGGAUCUGUUAAUCGAUAAUUCUGCCACAAAGGACGACAGCUUUGAUCUGGCUGAUUUGAUCGAGGCAAGCUUGAAAAGCAUUCGUAGCCCUAGAAGUAUAUUCGAUUACAACUUCAGUUGCAUCGAUAAGCCGAAAUCUUGUGGUGGCGACACUCUCGCGCAAGAGAUCAGUCGAAAGAUGUCGGAUCAUCCGAGGGCGCCGAAGAGCGGUCAUGCCAAAGCUGCUCUCGAUCGAUUAUCGGAAAAAUCUGAACCUCUUACCGCGAAAUCGGUCGAUUCUGUUAAUAAAAUUGAACGGGCGCGUGCAAUUGCAACACCGAGAUAUUUAAAAGGGUUAAGUGCAGAUUUGAAAAAAUCGAUAGAGUUGAGUAAAACUAGGGGUAUUAUGUCGUUAGAUGAGAAAGUAUUGGAUCAAUUCGAAAAAUAUACCUAUAACAAGUAUUCGACACCAAGUAUACAGGAUGAUAUAGAACAGAAAAAGUCUACUCCUCGAAAAGAAAUAGACAAAAUAAACAUUUUACGUUCAUUGGGAACGAAAAAUUUUCAUAACAAAAAUUUCAGUUCUAACGCAAUGAAUGAGAUAAAUCGAUACGACGCAAAAAAAAAUAUGACAAUGAACAACGUAUAUAAAUAUUUAUGAAUAUGUAAAACCGUUCUCGAGUAUAUUUUUUAAAUUAUAAUAAUCGCGUAUAUUUUUGAUAUUAAUUUAAAUAUUAAUAUUAUCAUUGUAUAUGUCGGAGAAAUAUUUUUGUAACAUGUCUAACAUAUUUAAUAAUAUUGAUAAUGUAUUAUACAAAGGAAACACAGAUUAAGAAACUGAGCGAAGUAAUUUGUGUAAGUUUUUUUAUAAAAUAAAAUAAAAAAAUUCACGGAGAAA